CAAACCAUUUUUUGCUGGUGUAGAAUUCGCGGCAAUCAUUUGGUGGUCAACAAGGAAACCAAGAUGGGCAAAACCAACAGCAGACGUAUGCCAAUAAGCAAAACCAACAACCAAGCUCGGCUCCAGAACCAGCUAAGACCGAGCCAAAGGUUGUAAAACAAGAGCGCAUUGAAAAGCCAGCACCUUUACAGCCGCCGCCACAACCUCCACAAAUGGAUGAUGAUGCAAUAAUGGAAAACAACAAGGUGGAUGAGACCACUUUAUACGAUGAAAGCGGCAAAUUGCAGUAUAAGAAUAUUUUCCGUACUCGCAAGAAGUCUUCCGUUCGUACCAAGGAGAAGAAAAUACGUCAGAAUCGUCAAUUGCGUAAAACACUGAUUCCCAAGAAUGCACUCAUGGCACUGAAUGAGGUAGCUGGUAUCUCAAUAAGUGAGUUUACAAUUAAUAACUCUUCAAGCGGUGGGUUUGUCGCGGUUGUUUCCGUUAAUGACAAACAAUACGAAGGCAAAGGUCACUCCAAGAUAGCAGCUAAAAAUAAUGCAAGUGAGAAGGCAUUGCGAGAUUAUGUAUUGGAGAAAAUGCGUGAGAAACCACGCUUGAGAAAGAAUUCAACCAAUAAUGACGAAUCUAUGGAUACGACUGAAGUACAUAAUGAAGGUGAGAAUGGUGAGAAUGGGCAACAGGAGGGAACACCAACAGUACUUGAUGAUGUACCAAUGGCCAAUUUGGCUUCAUUCGCUAUUUUUAAACUUUUCACUGAAUGGGAGAAUGAGGGUUAUGUUGUACCUGAGCUGCGUGUAGCUCAUCCUACACAACCAGGAUCUGGUACUGAGGGAGGCAGUGUUGAUGGAAGUCCACAAUCUAAGCCGCACAAGGCACCGCCAAUACGCUCUGAGUUGCCAAAUAAUUGGGAAUCGAUACAUCCAUCCACUUUACUUUGCAUGAUGCGACCCGGACUACAAUAUCGCGAACUAGGUACAGUGGGUGAUUCCCCAAAUGUACUUCAACGUAUGGGUGUUACCGUAGAUGAUGUGCAGUACGAGAGUACUGGACGUUCUAAGAAAAUUGCGCGUCGCAACGUUGCCGUAUCUGUGCUUAACGAGUUGUUUGGCACAAACCUCGUUAAGGAGCAACCAUGCCAAGAGGAAUGAGCAAAAAACUUCACAUGUGCUUAGUAUUUUAGAACUUAAUCUUCAAAUUCUGUAGAAAAUCAGCGAACCUUGUCGCAUUCAAGAGUUUUACCAAUAAAGGACAGAAUAUAAAUUAAUAAACUUAUAAUCGUUAGUAUCCUAAAUUUUGA